AUGGGUGCCACACGGGCGCUUGUUACAGACGGCACUGACGUUCCGAUCAACGGGUUCAAGCUCCGCAUUCGAGUGCGACACCCCACAAAACUCGACCACCUCUCGAGUUCGACACACUCUAUCAUACUAGGUGAGAGGAGAAGAGAAGUGAGUUUCCUCGCCAUUGUAAGGGCGGGAUACAAGUAUGGAGACGGUGUUGGGACCAUUAACCAUGACGGUGAAGCAACGGCGGGUUCCCCGCGGGCGUCGACCAUGGAAGCUAGGCUCGCGCGUAAAGUACUGGUUGCGAGUCUACAUGGAAGCAAGAAAAAGAUGGGUAUGAAUUAG